AUGAAGACCCUCCUGCUGCUGGCAGUGAUCAUGGCCUUUGCCCUUCUUCAGGUCCAUGCAUAUUUGUGGGAUUUCGCGGCAAUGAUCAAGCACACAACAGGAAAGGGAGCCCUGUUCAGUUAUGGUGCCUACGGCUGCUACUGUGGACUGGGUGGCAAAGGAACCCCCAAGGACGCAACGGAUUGGUGCUGUUGGGAACAUGACUGCUGUUACAAAAAGCUGAAGUAUCACGGGUGUGGCACCAAGUUCCUGCAAUACAGUGUGUCCAUCCGCCGGGGCCAAAUCACCUGUGAGAAUCAAGGUGUGUGUAGACGUAUAGUCUGUGAAUGUGAUAAAAAAGCUGCCAGAUGUUUUGCAAGGAACCAGAACACCUAUAAUAAAAAGCUCCAAUACUACAAAAACUCUCGGUGCACAGGGCACGCCCCGAAGUGCUGA